CUGCCAGCCGGAUACAAAGCGAGGUUAGUCUGGUCAGGAGCCCGCUGCAAUCUCUCAGCAAAUCUUUUUGAUGUUAAAAUAGGUUUUUCAAAAAAAAUAGUGUGUGGGAGGGGAGAUUUUUUUGGACCGCCCAUUCUUCAAGCUACCCCCUCCCUCCCUCCCUCCCUCUCCACAACCCUUUACAUUGAAGUGUGUCACGAAGGCAAUUGUUGCAGGAGGAUUUUUGACGAGAGAAACACACACACACACACACACACAGAGCAGAGAAUGCAUCGCCUCUCCUGCUUUCCGUGAACACAUUCCAGCGUACAUCCACGGAGAGAGAAGGGGAGAGAGAGACCGAGGGAGAGCAUCCCAUGCAGUUGUUAAUGAGGGACUGGCGACUCUUUUUAUACAUUCAACUGAGAGCAAGAAACUGACCCGAUCUCUCUCGCUAAGAGUGUUCGGGGAGGCAGCCCGCAAGUGUCGCCACAACAUAGCAUGCCCACAACUUCCUAACCCAUAUGUCUUUGGAGUGUGGGAGAAAACCGGAGCACCCGGAGGAAACCCAUGCAGAUACGGGGAGAAGGUCGUAAAGUUACAGCGUCCUGUCCUGUGCAGAGGUAAUGAAGCACAGUGUGGUCUCUCGAUGAAGGAACGGUGGCAGUAAAUCUCCUGGUCUGCCCAGAAACAGGACUACUUAGCUGCCAUUGGAAGUUGUGUCCGAUCCAACAAGCCAAGAGUACCACGACGAGAUGGGGACAGACUUCUACCUAUAUCUUUUCCUGGCGUGUUUGAGUGUUGCCCAAUGGAGUCAUUCUGCCCUUGCAAGAAAUUCCACUGGCUCCCAGGUGCCCAGCCGAUCUCGACGUGGGAUGGGUAUCAAAGGCCAAGUGCUUCACCGAUCCAAGAGAGGUUGGGUGUGGAAUCAAUUCUUUGUGAUAGAGGAGUACACAGGCCCAGACCCUGUACUCGUGGGAAGGCUUCACACUGAUCUCGACAGUGGAGGAGGGAAGAUCAGGUAUAUCCUCUCUGGUGAAGGUGCAGGGACCAUCUUUGUCAUCGAUGAGAAAACAGGGAACAUCCACGCAACUAAAACGCUGGAUCGGGAGGAGCGAGCUCAGUACACCCUGAUGGCACAAGCUGUGGACCGGAUAACAAACAAACCUCUGGAGCCUCCCUCUGAGUUCAUUGUUAAAGUCCAGGACAUUAAUGACAAUCCACCUGAGUUCUUGAAUGGACCUCAUCAUGCAACUGUGCCAGAGAUGUCCAACGUAGGUACUUCUGUGAUUCAAGUCACAGCCACAGAUGCAGAUGAUCCGUCCUACGGAAACAGUGCCAGGCUGGUGUACAGCAUUCUGGAGGGUCAGCCUUACUUCUCCGUGGAGCCUCAGACAGGUAUCAUAAGGACGGCUCUUCCAAACAUGGACCGAGAGGCACGGGAGGAAUAUCUCGUGGUGAUACAAGCAAAGGACAUGGGAGGACACAUGGGAGGUCUCUCUGGGACCACCAAAGUGACAAUCACCCUCACCGAUGUCAAUGACAAUCCUCCAAAGUUUCCUCAGAGUGUGUAUCAGAUGUCGGUCUCGGAGGCUGCCAAGGUAGGGACGGUUGUGGGACAGCUCAAGGCCAAAGACCCAGACAUCGGAGAGAAUGGCAUGGUCACCUACAGCAUCAUUGACGGGGACGGAAGAGAUUUCUUCGAGAUCACGACUGAUUCACAGACUCAGGAGGGAAUCAUCAAGCUGAAAAAGCAGGGCUUGGAUUUCGAAGUCAAGAAGUCCUAUUCCCUGAAGGUGGAGGCAGCCAAUGUGUUCUUAGACUCGCGUUUCAUCACCAGGGGACCGUUCAAGGAUACAACCACGGUCAAGAUCUCGGUGGAGGACGCUGAUGAGCCUCCGAUAUUCUCCCUGCCCGUCUACUUCAUGGAGGUCAACGAGAGCGCUCCGGCCGGAACGUCCGUGGGACAGGUGCACGCUAUGGAUCACGAUCUGGGCCGCAGUCCCAUCAGGUAUUCUAUCGAACAGCAGUUGUACACAGAUAGAUCCUUCACCAUCAACACCCAAAGUGGGGUCAUAAAAACCACUGAGCCACUGGACAGGGAACUGACGGCCUGGCAAAACAUCUCUGUGAUUGCAACGGAAGUCAAUAACCACAUUCACACAUCACGUGCUCAAGUAGCCAUCAAAAUCCUUGAUAUCAACGACAAUGCUCCAGAAUUCGCAGAGCCUUAUGAGGUCGACAUGUGUGAAAAUGCAAAUUCAGGAAAGCUCAUUCAGACAAUUAAGGGCGUGGACGAGGAUGAAAGUGCCAAUGGACCAAGGUUAACCUUUAGCAUGGCACCUAAUCAAAAUUUUACAAUCACACAGAGCAGUGGACACAUGGCUGAUAUAAAGGUGCGGAGGGGAGCUAUGAGCAGGAGGAAGCAGGAGGUCUACCUGUUGCCGGUGGUGAUCUCAGAUGGAGGCGUGCCCCUCCUGAGCAGCACCAACACCCUCACCAUCCGUGUGUGCAGCUGCAGUGUGGACGGCAGUGUGCAGUCAUGCAACGCGGAACCCUUGACGCUGCCAGCCGGUCUCAGCACUGGUGCCCUGAUCGCAAUCCUCACUUGCAUCAUUAUACUUCUCGUGAUUGUGGUCCUGUUUGUGACACUGAGGCAUCAGAAGAAAGAGCCCUUGAUCGUCUUCGAGGAGGAGGACGUGCGAGAGAACAUCAUCAGCUACGACGAUGAGGGGGGAGGCGAGGAAGACACGGAGGCCUUCGACAUCGCCACGCUGCAGAACCCCGAUGGCCUCAACGGCUUUCUGCCACGCAAGGACAUCAAGCCCGAGCUCCAGUACGUCCCCAGGCAAGGCUUCUGCGCCGCCCCCAACAGCGUGGAUGUCGAUGACUUCAUCAAGGUCAGGCUCCAAGAGGCCGACUGCGACCCCACCGCCCCUCCCUAUGACUCCAUCCAGAUCUAUGGUUAUGAAGGAAGGGGAUCAGUGGCCGGCUCCCUCAGCUCUCUGGAAUCAGCCAGCACAGAAUCCGACCUGAACUACGAUUACCUCAACAGCUGGGGACCCCGGUUUAAGAGGCUGGCAGACCUCUAUGGAUCUAAAGACGUCUGUGAUGACUCUUAACAAUUAGCAUUAUCAGACUGGCCUUAAAGUUCUACAAUAAGGAUAAAACAAGACAGAUGGAACGCUGAACUAGAACUUUGCUGGGAUCGGGCAGAUAUACAUUCUUUUUAUUUUCUUUUUUUCUUAUUUUUAAUAUAUAUAUUAUAUAUAUGCUCAAUUGUAUUGAGCACAGGAACUGACGAUUCCAUUCUUUAAAUGUCGGACGUUUUAUGUUUCAAAGAUGGAUACUGUGAAACGGCCUCACUCAACCCCCAAUUCAUUUCUGUUUUCCAUUGCUCACCUGUCCUCCUCUCUGCCUCUCAACCUCACUCGAGGCCCCCAUCAACAGACAGGAAACCGAAAGGAUUGAGUGGGCUUCCCUGAGAUUGUUACGACCACUCUGGGCGAAAAGUGACCGAAGCUUUUAAGGAGUUUCAAAUAGAGAUAUUAAAAUACAUUUGAGUUCAGUUAUUGUGGGGGAAGAGAAGAGAAAACGUCAUUUCCAUGGAGCUUUGAGACUCACCAGAAACAGAAGGUGCCGUCAGCAGCAAAGGUGAUAACACAGCCUGAAUAUUGAGCCUUAAGUAUCAAAGUCAGUCACGGAAUGGAACUUUUAAGUUUGAGGCAGUAUUCCCCAUGGUACAUCUUGCAGUGACAUUGAAAGCUUUGAGAGGCACCAAACUAAUGUGUCUUUGCAAAAAUGAGAGAAGAAGACCUUAUUCCUGUUUAAAUCUUGUAAACUUUUUUUUGGCUUUAAGUAUUGUGUUUAAUAUGUGUCGGGCACAGAAUCUGUUCCCAUCACAGUGACAAAUGCCUGAUGUCUAUGUCAUUUCUAUGUGUCGAUUUGUACAAUCUUAAAAGUUCUUAUUUUAGUAAAAAAAAACCAUGAAUCUCAAUAAUACGAAAUGCAACAAAAUGUUAAGGCAUCACUAUUCUAUUUUAUGGACAUUGUAUUUCUGCUUUACUAUUGUGCUUCAGCCAGAGAAGCCGGACUUUACAAUAAAAGGAUUUUUCUACAA